CCGGUGAGGUGGGAGCAAGGACAUUCCUCCUGUCGCUGAUGGGAAGAAAAAAAAAGAGAAAGUUUCCAAGAUGGCGGAGUAGCCUUGCCUGUCCGCUGGAAAACAAUAGAAGCAGCACCGACGCGUUAGCAGCGUUAAACCCGUGCUAACUGGACUGAAACCGCUCUAAAACCACACAUAUCCCGGCUCGGGCUCGGGUUAGGUGGGGAGGAAUAUCCGCACCGGGAGAAAUUUACAGAAAGAAUGAUGUUUUUAUUUAAACGUUUCAGGCUAUUAGCCACCUAGCAUGCUAGUAAAAGCUAGCUAACUGGUAGCCAAAAACAUAGUGUUAGCAGCUAACGGCUACAAGGAGGCGGAGGAUCAGCUGUUUACUAGACAGACAGAUGCUGUAGGAAGGAGCGGACAGACAGCGACGCUUUCACACGCGGUGAUGGAGAGGCUCCGCCGGAGGAUCGAGCUCUUCCGGCAGCAUCACAACAGCUGCGAGAGCCGCUACGAGAACGCGACGCUGGAGCGGCUGGAGCUCGAGAGGCAGCAGACCUUCGCUCUGCACCAACGCUGCUUGCAGGCUAAAGCUAAGCGGUCCAACAAGCACCGGCAGACCCAGCCGCAGGCCAGCGGAGACCAGGCCGGGCAGAGAGCACCGGGUGGAGGUGGAGGUGGUGCAGAGCUCGGAGAAAGCGGAGGAACGACGGCGGAGCAGAGCCGGAACAGCACCCUGAUAGCGGUGAGUGAGCUCUGAUGGACACGGAUGUUGGAGCUUGAACGCACCACAGCACUGACUCCUCUGGUUGUACAGAAGUCUAUGAGAAAAUGACUCUACUUCUC